AUGCGACAUCCUAAGCGAGUUUUGGGGCUCCUCGGCUCCCCGUUACCUCGGAGAGGACCCGUUCAAUCAUGGGACCGAACCCUCACCCCCCGCUUCCAAAGCUCUUCCUCCGAUGAUACCCAGCCGGCGCGCCCUGAGCAUGCCAACCUGAACCGGCAGCCGGUCAAAACCACCCGUCGCUGGCCGAAGAAACGCAAAGAAGCAUCAAAGGUUCCGAUCGGAGUGGACUCUUUAGGCGAACCCGGCGAAAUAUUCCUCGUGCCUCCCAAAGACGCGAAGGCGAGGCGCGGUCGCAAACAUUUUGAAAGAGGAGGGCCCUUACCAAAAGAGGGUGAAGGUUCGCUCUCUUCAAUUCUGGACGACCUCGCCGAUGAGGCAUCUAUAACGACCCCGGAGCUGGUUUGGAAGAGAUUGGAAAGUCUUCGAACCUAUCGACCUAAACAAAAGCUCCCCGCCCGCAGUUGGGAGAAUCUUCUCUCGUCCGUUGAAUCGUCCUUCACCCUUGUGCAGCUGUCUGAAUAUCUGGCUCAAUAUAACCACGGCGAAGCAACGUCCGAGAAUAAUAUUGGGACCUGGCGACCGGGAACAUCUGUGUUCUUACACCAUGGCCAGCGGCAUGGGAACCAGACCAAAAAGUCCGUGUUGGUGGAACGCAUUCUUCGAGAAUGCUGGCAGCUCUCUAUCAUGGAUGAGGUGGGCCAGCUGGACCUCAGUUUACCUCCUCUACACAUAAAGCUACUCCUGACAGCGAACGACUUCUCCUUUGAUGAAGUAGCUAGCCUACACAAAUCCAGCAUUGACAUCACCCAGUCUCUAGGGCUGGUGCGAAUUACGGGACCCCAGACCGCCUGCGAGUCAACCCGGGAAGUCAUUUCAGAUGCCACGACUAGAAUUCGGGAGGAAGAAGUUGGGUUUGACUUUACUGCCGCUAGCUCGCGGCUCACUCCAAGCUUCAUCGACUGGGUGUGCCAAGCAUACAGUGUUGCCAUAGACCAACAGGCUACGCACGGUCAAGAGAAGCUUCUUUUUCUCAUCGAAAACAAACAGGGCGCCGAGGAUGCCCGGAGGACGCUAGGCCUAGCAGCUCAUGAUGCUAAUCCGACACCGCGGCCGUUCUCCACAUACCUACCAGCUUCCGAACCGGCAAACAUAUACGAUUAUACUCCCGAGGCCAGUGCCAACUGGUUUGAUCGGCAAAAAUCCUGGUUCCGAUGGGCGAUGCCUGCGGUUCAGACAUCCGCCACCGAACCCCAGCCGACCCCCUUUUUUGAUGGCCACCAAACUCGGCUCUCUGACGAGUUGCUCAAGCUGCUUCGGAACCAAACCGAUGCCAAGCUGCCUUCCCCGGGUGGGUUAUCCAUUCAUGAAUCGGUGACUGCCACCGUUGGAAAAUGUCUAUUUGGCCGGAAGCCCGCAUUUGAUGAGACAGUGAUUAGCGCCUCUCAACUUGGGAAGCUUUCUUUGGCGCGAACUUUUGUGCCUGAUAUACCCCGAAUCAAGCCUUUCUUGGACACACUUCACCCAAUUCAUCCAGAGCAUGGGAUUCCCAUUCAUGUUGUUCGGCUGACUCCGUUCCCUGGAUCGUCUAAUAAUCUCCCAGAGUUAGACGUCGAAUUUGUUCCCAGACCUGCCAAGAGUUCAGAGGACUUCCAGGGUGCGAUUGACAUUAAGAGUAUCAAGUCUAUUCUUGAUACGAAGAGCGUUGACUAUCUUCUCCCGGAAACUGGGCUUGAUCUACGCUUCACACGCACCCUAUACUCCCAAGUCUCGAUCGAAAACAUCGCUGACCCAGCCAAGUAUGAAGAGCUUUUGAAAAGCAUCAGACAACCCCUUCAUGACACCUUCAUCUCCCGACCAAGCGACCAGAGCCCCACAUCUCUUCCCGCAUUCGGUUACAUCUGCCUAGCAGAGAAUCCUUUCCAGGCUGGCCCUGCCAAGUACAUGUUCCCCCCAUUGAAUGACGCCCGAGGAGCUGCUGCUCAACGGUACGACUUUGAUGGUAGACAACUGAGCUACCGCUUCUACGAAAGUGGACCAUUCCUUGCCCUCAGAUCGACUGAAGUUUCACUCGACAUGGCUAUUCCUCAGGAUCACCCAUUGGAGGGCGAAUCCCAGGAUCCCGUGGAACAACAUUUCCAUUCCUUCUAUAACGCGGCAUGCGAUAUGGCGUUUAGAAUCCACAAGGCCAGAUAUGCGGAAGAGCACGACGGAUAG